AUGAGAAAACGAUUUAUUCCGACUUACUAUCACCGGGAGUUGUAUCAAAAACUCCAAAGUUUAACGCAAGGCCAACGAAGCGUGGAGGAUUACUAUAAGGAAAUGGAAGUGGCUAUGAUCCGCGUUGAUGUGGAGGAAGAUCGAGAAGCCACCAUGGCUCGAUUUCUCACCGGCCUUAACCGUGAAAUUGCAAACAUUGUGGAACUACACCACUAUGUCGAGGUCAUUGAUAUGGUCCAUAUGGCCAUAAAGGUUGAAAAAAAACUAAAGAGAAAAGGUACGUCACGUUCUUUCCCUAACACUUCUUCUACGUCUAGGUGGGGGCAAGGAACCAACAAAUGUGACAUGCCGAGUCAGAAUAAAGAAGUAAACGGUGCCACCAAGUUCAACAAACCGACUGCCGAAAUGAGUAAAGGAAAGAUGGAUGCCCAACAAAAUAGAUCCCGAGACAUAAAGUGUUUCAAAUGUCUUGGAAGGGGCCACAUUGCAAGCCAAUGUCCAAACCGGAAUGCUAUGUUUGUUCGAGAUGAUGGAGAGAUUGAGUCUGAAAGUGAACAAGAGAAUGAGGCUGUUGAACAACUCGAAGAAGAGGAAGAAGUCGAACAAGCCGAGAAUGGAGAAAUCUUGGUUGUGAAAAGAAGUUUUACUCUGCAAGGCAUUGAAAAUGAACAGCAAUGCAAAAAUAUCUUCCAUACCCGAUGUCAAGUGCAAGAAAUCCCGAGUGGGUUGCCACCUAUUCGCGGAAUUAAACAUCAAAUAGAUUUGGUGCUUGGAGCCGUGAUUCCAAACCAUCCUACUUACCGAUGCAAUCCUGAAGAAACGAAGGAACUACAAAAACAAGUAAAUGAACUUCUUGAGAAGGGCUAUGUGCGUGAAAGCCUUAGUCCCUGCGCCGUACCUAUUUUGCUUAUUCCGAAGAAGGAUGGAACGUGGAGGAUGUGUGUAAACUGCCGUGCUAUAAAUAAAAUAACCAUCAAAUAUCAUCAUCCUAUACCGCGAUUAGAUGAUAUGCUUGACAAAUUGAGUGGCGCAAGUCUAUUUUCAAAAAUCGAUCUUAAAAGCGGAUAUCACCAAAUACGGAUGCACGAGGGUGAUGAGUGGAAGACUGCUUUCAAAACGAAGCAUGGGCUUUACGAGUGGCUCGUUAUGCCAUUUGGCUUAACAAACACCCCAAGCACAUUCAUGAGGCUUAUGAAUCACGUUUUAAGACCUUUUAUUGGUAGAUUUUGCAUAGUAUAUUUCGAUGAUAUAUUGAUUUAUAGUAAUACUUUAGAUGACCAUGUAAAGCAUUUAAAAGCUGUUUUGGAGGUUUUGAUAAAAGAGACAUUAUAUGCUAAUUUGAAGAAAUGCGAUUUUUGUACUAACAGAAUUAUGUUUUUAGGAUUCGUUGUUAGCUCGGAGGGCCUUGAAGUUGAUCAAGAGAAGGUCAAGGCGAUCCAAGAAUGGCCCUGUCCGACGAAUGUCUCCCAAGUUCGAAGUUUCCAUGGAUUAGCAAGCUUUUACCGUCGAUUCGUGCCAAACUUCAGCACCUUAGCUGCACCCUUGACUGGGGUCAUCCCAUUGCCCAAUUUUGAUAAAACUUUCGAGUUAGAAUGUGAUGCAUCAGGUUUAGGUAUUGGAGCCGUGUUGAUGCAAGAUGGAUGCCCUAUCGCGUAUUUUAGUGAGAAACUCAAUGGUGCUGCCGCUUGGGAAGAUUGUAUACCGCAUGUGGAGUUUGCGUAUAAUCGAGCUGUUCACUCAGCUACCAAACUUUCUCCUUACAAAAUUGUUUAUGGUUUCAAUCCGUUAACACCACUUGAUUUGAUGCCAUUGCCUUCUAACCAACUCGUGCAUGUAGAUGGAAAACGCAAGGCUGAUUACAUCAAGCAAUUGCACCAACGAGUUUGA